AUGAGGGCAAAAACGAUUUUCACCCUUAUGGGCGUGUCCUACUUUACAUUCGCCCUGUGCAACCCCGACGCAGACGAAUCGGGAGAUACGGUACAAAACGCCCAGCCAAUAGCACUGGAGGAGACUGGGGAGAGAAAGAGAAAGCUAGAGACUCCGGAAGUGGUGCUUCAGUUGAAAUACGACCGGGGGGAGUUGAAUAGGAUAUACCUGGCGCAGUUCAGAAAGGGGGUGAACAAGUGGGUGCCCUCAGUGCCCGCUCGGAGAGAUCUUUGUACGGACCUUUGCCACGCAGGUCUUGGUGGCAAUGCAUGCGGUUCCACCUGCCCGAAGUUGAUCCCCGUCGGUCUGCAAUCAGCUCUACUCAAUGGUAACCAAUCGGACGCGGUGUACGGCAAGCCCCGCGUGUAUGUGUGCCCCACGCUAUGCAACAACCGCCUUGGUGAACCACUGUGCAGUUGCCCCGAGAAGGAAGACCGUGAGGCAGUGAGAGAAGAUGUGGACUGGCCUGCGAUAUGCGAAACCUUCUGCGUUACCGAUAGAUAUGUGCUUUCAGGAUGUCCAGCAUGUCGUGAGACCCCUCAACCCACGGCUUCUAAACAACUAGCUAGUAUGAGGGUUCUGAAUACCGUCGAGGGCUGGUCAUCAUGGUGCAACGUUCAGUGUCGUCAAGGACAAGGGGGUGCAGCCUGUAACUGCGAUCGAGCCCCCUUUCAAUAA